CUGCUCCUGCACGCGAGGCUGCGAGCGUCGUUCGCUUUGAAUGAUGAGCCGGGACAGGGCUAGAAUAGACCCCGCUGCCUAGAGAGAACGAAUGCCUUCCUCCCCACUGCGUGUGCCCAGGAAGAAAGAGGAGAGAGAGAAGGAGCGGGAAGUAAAUGCAACCAGCACUGAACUCAAGGGAAUCAGACAAGUUGAAGAUAAGGAUGGAAAGCUCAUUAGAUCACCCACUCCGACGUCUCCCUGCCAGUGCAGGAUCAUCCCCCACGGUACAUUGCUUAGUGCAAUAGAAGAGCCACUGGAGUGGCAGGAAGAUACACCUCUCUCCCACGGGAUGAUUGUAGCUGGGGAUCCCUGCUGAGCUCAGGAAGGGGACCUGUCACAAUGCUAAAGUUCCGGGCAGACCGUCGGGUCAGCCACAAUGAAAGACGGAACACGUUUCUGCACCCUGUGACUGGACACAUCCCAGAAGAAAACGCAAGAUUUGACUUACGUUUACCAAACUCUACAGUGGACAUGUCCAGCAAAGCAGGUGGGAAGCGACCGGCGACCAUCAGCAGCGAAUCAUCCAACCACACCAUGGUGUCAGAGAUGCCUCAGGAGCGACCAAAUGGCAGGGCCUCGCGCCCUUCCCGGAAGGGGAUCGCCUUCGGGAAGCGCUCCAACUCCAUGAAGCGGAAUCCCAACGCCGCAGUGACCAAAAGCGGCUGGCUCUUCAAGCAGGCCAGCUCUGGCGUGAAACAGUGGAAUAGGCGCUGGUUCGUGCUGGUGGAUCGCUGCCUCUUCUAUUACAAAGAUGAGAAGGAGGACAGUAUCUUGGGCAGCAUCCCGCUCCUCAGCUUCCGGGUGGCAGCCAUCCAGCCGUCGGACAACAUCAGCAGGAAACACACCUUUAAGGUGACUGUGUGCUGGGUGGAGGAGGCACUGGGGCAUCAUACGCAGUCCCUCUCUCCCCAGGCCGAGCACGCCGGCAUCCGGACCUACUUCUUCAGCGCCGAAAACACUGAAGAGCAGGAGUCCUGGAUCCAAGCCAUGGGCGAGGCUGCCCGGGUGCAGAUCCCACCCCCCCAGAGGCGGGAGAAGACGGACUCUGAGAACAUCCCCCCCAGCAAGCACCACCACCACCGGGCCACCGCCCACAGGGAGCACCCCAAAGCAGAUCUGGAAGCCAAGACCAGAGGGGAGGGUGAUGGGCGUGGUUCAGAGAAGAUCGAGAGGAAGUCGGAAAGGAUUGACAGCAAGAAGGAACCCCUGGUGAAAGCCAAUGGCAUUGUGGGCCGGGAGAUGCCAUCUGAGCCCGGCAGCCCUUACCCUGAAGCCCCACGGUUUCCAGCUGGGAUAGAGAGGUCCACGCAGCCCAACGGCUGGCAGUACUCUUCCCCCAGCCGCCCCGGCAGUACCGCCUGCCCACCGCAGGAUGGGGAGAGCGUGGUGCACCGGCAAGGCUUUGUGCCACGCACCAACCCGGAGAAGAUCGCCCAGCGGAAGAGCUCCAUGACGCAGCUGCAGCAGUGGGUGAACCUGCGCCGGGGGGCUGCCCCGCCAGAGGAGCUGAGGAGCCCCACCAGGUUUUUCCCGAUGUCUCGAAGGGUCCCCGACUACUACGCCCCUUACUCGCCCCAGUACCCUGAGGAUUACCAGUACUACCCACCCGGCGUGCGCCCUGACAGCAUCUGCUCCAUGCCUGCCUACGAGCGGGUGAGCCCACAGUGGGCUGCGGAGGACAAGCGCCACUCUUUCCGCAAUGGAGGCCCCUACCAGCUGCUUGAGUGGAAGGAGCACCCGGGUUACGGCAGGCAGGACGUCCCCGUCUGGAUCCCCGGCCCCGGCCGGCAGCCUGUGUAUUACGACGAGAUGGAUGCUGCCUCAGACUCCCUGCGGAGGAUGUCCCUCCAGCCCCGCUCCAGGUCCGUGCCCCGUUCACCUAGCCAGGGCACCUACAACAGGGCGAGGAUGUACUCCCCAGUCAGGUCGCCCAGCACCCGCUUUGAGAGGAUGCCAUCCAGGAGCGAGGAGAUCUAUGCUGACCCUACAACCUACAUGAUGAGGCGAUCGGUCAGUUCCCCAAAGUAUGAUUAUCUGGGUGACAGGAGGCCUGUCCCUGCAGGAAUGUAUCCCUACAACUACCCAGCGUCCCCUACAGUCCACGACAAAAUGGAUGAACUUUUAGACCUUCAGUUGCAAAGAAACCUAGAAUAUUUGGACCAGCAGGGUCGCCCAUCACUUGACUGGACAAAUGCCUUCUCUGCGUUAAAUGACUGCGAGAUGAGUGAGAGCGAAACUUUGAUCAGUAUGGUGAACAGAAUGGUGGAGAACUCCUCCCCUAGGGCCCAGCUGUACAUGCAAGUGUCUCCCUUCCCAGAGGCCUACAGAGAGACUCUGCACGCCUGCAAGAUAAGCGAGCAAGACACUGAUAAGCUGCUGGGAAAACUGUGUGAGCAAAACAAGGUGGUGAGGGAGCAGGACAGGCUGGUGCAGCAGCUCCGAGCAGAGAAGGAGAGUCUUGAGAGUGCCCUGAUGGGGACCCACCAGGAGCUGGAGAUGUUCGGGAGCCAGCCAGCCUACCCUGAGAAGCUGCUGCACAAGAAGGAGUCCCUCCAGAACCAGCUGAUCAACAUCCGGGUGGAGCUGUCCCAGGCCAGCACGGCCUUGGCCAACAGCACCAUAGAGUAUGAGAACUUGGAGGGCGAGGUGUCAGCCCUGCAUGAUGACCUGUGGGAACAGCUGAACUUGGACAUCCAGAACGAAAUGCUCAAUCGGCAAAUCCAGAAGGAGAUCUGGCGCAUCCAGGACGUGAUGGAGGGGCUGCGGAAGAACAACCCCUCCCGGGGCACGGACACUGCCAAACACAGAGUGGCCGCAGGCCCUUCGGGAACCUACAGCUCCAACAGCCCCGCUAGCCCCUUGAGCUCAGCCAGCCUCACCAGCCCACUGAGCCCUUUCUCCCUGGUGUCAGGCUCACAGGGGUCGCCCACCAAGCAAGGGACAAGCGAGGAACCAGGCCCGCCUCGACCUCCCCUGCCCAAAUCGUAUAUCCCUCUGGAGUCUCCUCCGACUGUUCCUCCGCUCCCUAGCGAGAGCCGCUUCUGGCCAUACCCUAACUCCCCUUCCUGGCAGCAAAGCGGCGAGGUGAAGAAGGGACAGUCCAAGUCCAGCUUCGAGCAGAAUAAGAGAGAUGCUCAUCGGAGCUCCGCCCCCAUCCCACCCACAGAGUCUGGGCUCAUGCAGACGAGGCAAGAGCUGGAUGCUGAGAAGCAAGCGGCUCUCAACAAAGUUGGUAUCGUUCCCCCGAGGACCAAGUCUCCCACCGAUGAGGACUCAGCACCCACUUCGGGAGUAAUCAGGAGGAGCACCAGCAAUGUGUCCAACGGACUGAGCUCCCGGGAGAGGCCAAAAAGUGCUGUGUUCUCCAAUGAGAUGAAGGCAAAAAUGAGCGUGGAGGAGCAGAUCGACCGGAUGAAACGCCACCAAAGUGGAUCCAUGAAGGAAAAAAGGCGGAGUUUGCAGCUCCCAGCUAAUCAGCAGACAGAUGCUCUCAGCACGAAGGCACCCGCGUCAUACAAAGUGGUGCGCCGACACCGCAGCAUCCAUGAAGUAGACAUCUCCGACCUUGAGGCAGCGCUGCGCACCGAGGACUCUGGCAAAGUCUACGAGACGCCGAGGGAGGAGAUCGCCCGGCUACGCAAGAUGGAACUGGAGCCACAGCAUUAUGAUGUCGACAUCAGUAAGGAGCUUUCUACCCCAGACAAGGUCCUCAUUCCAGAGCGGUACAUUGAGCUGGAACCGGACACCCCGCUAAGCCCCGAAGAGAUGAAAGAGAAGCAGAAGAAAGUGGAAAGGAUAAAGACACUCAUUGCCAAAUCCAGCUUGCAGAAUGUGAUCCCUCUAAGUGAGGGAGAGGUGGACGCACCCCAGGAUGCAGAAACCCAGCUCCAGGAGCAAGAGAAGAGGAUAGAGAUAUCCUGCACCUUAGCUACAGAAGCCUCCAGGCUGGGCCGCAUGCUUUCCGCUCAAUGUGCCACCCCGAGUCCUCCCACUUCCCCAGCCUCCCCGACUCCACCGACAAACCCCCUCUCGUCUGAGUCAUCCCGGGUCGCCGACAGCAGUCAUUUUAUGCGUGUCUGAGCCAUGAACACAAGCCCUGGCUGCUGUGAAGGCUGUGAAGUUCCACGGAGCCACGUUUUAACACACAAACACACACGUCCCGAGUCGACAACCAAACCUUUCCUCGCUCAUUGCUUUUGGUUCUCCCCGAACCCCUGCCACUAACCAACGGUGAGAUUGUCCAGGCCGAAGAUGCUGUGCGUCGGCACCUGUCGCCAAGGAGACCGCGGGAGCCUUAUCUCUGCACCGGUCCCCGCAACUGGUCGUGUACCAUCCCAGGAGGAAGUGCCGUGGGUGGGCUGCCUGCUGGAACACAGAGCGGCAAAGAGGCGCUAGUGAACCACUACUACUGCAGUGAUGGACAUUUUGUGUGAGAUUUGUUGCAGUCUGGGAGAUGGGCCCACUCCACAGCCAGCGCGAACUUCAGGGCAAGGGAUCUGGCAGCUACCCACCAGUCUGUUCCAUGGCCAGAAUAUCUCAUCGAGGGGAUAGUGUCACACUGGAGGCUGGGGCGUUUCCCUUUGCUUCCCACACUGAAAUAUUUGUCUCCCCAAGCUCAUGUCCCAAAGGGGCUUUUGCACGGGGACCGAGCCGUCGCUGCAGUUGGAGCUUGCUCUUGCCCUCCACUGACGUGAGCAUCCCAUCUCCAUUCUCCACACCCCUUCCACCUCCCCAGGCCUUGGCCUGGAUUGGCUACUAGCAUCUUUCAUCUCUGGAGCUAGCCACCUGUGAAACCUGGCCCUGCCACGUUUCUCCACUCACGCUCAUGAGCAUCCGCAGGAAGGAAGGAGCAGGCAUCUGGGAUGGACAGAUGGAAACAGGAGCCAAGGAGGGAAAAGGCUUCUGGGCAGAAAAUGGGAGAGGUUAUGGGAUCUGCAAAAUUAGGAGGACAUAGCUGUAUCUGUGAAAUGCUAGUGUUUCCCCUCCCAGGGCGAGGAGUAGUGUGGAACAGCAGGUCUGUGUAAUGUAUGCGGACAUGUAGUAAGGGAAUAAGCUGAAAGAUACAGAGUGACAGGGCUAGGAGAGUCCAAGUGGCUGGUGUUGGUGACCAGGUGAAGCCUGGAUGCUUUCUGGGGACAGGAGGGAUUCGUUUGCCCAUAGAGACGAUGAGGAGAAAGGGGGACAGGCUUUGGGAUAUUUUUUUCUCUUGGACCAGGGCAGGUUUUGGAUGGUAGCAACAGGUGCCCUUCCUCAGAGUUUUGUUUUACCCAGCGCAAUGCUCAUUUCUUGCAUUUUUAUGGGGAUGGGAGUGGAGUGAAAGAGAGGAACUGGUACCAGUGUGUACAUGUGUGUAUACACUCUCUCUCUCUCUCUCUCUCUCUCCAAUCAGGGGCUGAAGCCCAGAUAUUUAAUACUAGAUUGGGCAAAACGCUGGAGAAGUGGCUGAGGGAACAGCACUCUCUCGCUGUCCAUGGCAUUUCUUGGGCAUCUUAUUACCUUGGGUCUGAGUGCCCCAUCUAACUCUUGAUAUCUAGUCCUGAAAGGCCUUGAGUGGACCUAGAGGGGCUUUUCCUGCAGUGUCUUGGCAGGUACCAUGUGGAUGCCUUCACUGUCUCUUGCCUCCAUCUGGAAAGCACUGCCUUGCCCCCAAAUGGAGGGGACACCAGAGCUGUGAGGCCCAAGGGAAUAGGAGCAUAGCUGGGAGGGGACCUAAUCCCUUCUGCUUCCAGGCUAGAAGCCAACUUCUUAUGAAUGGGACAAGGGAGAAGCUUCCCCGUGGACAGAUGAUUCCAUAAUUGCCCGCUGCAGGGUUCUUGCGCCUUUCUCUGAAGCAGCUGCUACUGGAGACAUGGGCUACUGCACUGGGUAGCUUCCUGAUCUGGCAACCCCUCCAUAGAGAACAAUCCUGUGCUGGCCUUUGGGAAAUGGACUAGAUACCUGCCUCUAACUUCUAUGGGUCCCUGCUAUAUUUGCAUGUGGAACGGCACACGUGCAAUUGACACUCGUAACUCACUGCACUGAGACACGCAUACCCCGGAAAUUCUUUUCUCCUAAAGAACAGAGAGCUAGAAUAGUUCCUCUGACGUUUUGGAAUAACUGAGAUCAGGUGCGCAUGAUGCGGAGUCACUGCUGCACCAUCUCUAUUCCACGUUCUCCGUUCCUGCAGUACCUUAUGAGAUGAGUCUGCUCUUCCAGAAGUGGCUUCAUUGUUUCCCCAAUACAUUGAGAGAAUCAUCAUCUUGAGGGGGGACGUAUCGGAGUGAUGGAAGAGACCUAGUUCAGAGAAGCAUCCAAGAGGUUGGCUGCUCUUCUGAAGUUUGUCAGAAUUACCUGAACCAUUGAGGUCUGCAGAAUCUAGCAUUAUUUCAGCACUGCUGCUUCCCAAAGGAAACUUGUAAGUGAGAAGGUCCAUCUAGACCUCAGCUCAUUUCAAGCAAUGGUUUGGAAGAAGGAGGUUUCUUCAAUCUGUCCAAGUUGGUUUCCUUGUCCCUUCUCAAAAUUAGGGCUGCAUGCAAAUGCAAAUAUAUUUUCCACCAUGCAGUGGAUUUGCAAGUGCUCAGCUCCCAUUUAGGUGCCGAAACAUGGGCAAGAUUUUUAAAAGUGCCCACACUCAGCAGCUCCCGCUGUGAUAUUGGUGGGCAGAUUUUCAAAACAGCCCUGAAAAUUUGGCCUCUUAUUUUGGUGCAUAAGUGGGAGAUGAAUUCUUUUGAAAAUCGGACGCAGUGUUUCACAAAAAAUACUUGCAAUUUCAUUCCAGACCCUUUUUUUGUUUGUAUGUUUUUUUGGGGGGGAUCCCAUCAAUAUUAUUUUCUGUGAAUUCUCAGUGAAAUUGACAGGUUUUGUAUUGAAACCUGAAAUUCUAUUUAAUUUUUUUGGUAGAAUGGAAUUUUAAAAUUCCCAAAUCCAUAAUUGAGGCCUACUCUCAAAAAUAAGACCAGUCUGGGUUGAAUAUGGCUUGCCUUUGCACUCCAAAAUCUACUUUUUCAAGUGUGAAGCUGUGAAAUGUUGCUGGCUGUAUGCGAAAUGAUCUGGUGUAAAGAAACUGACCUGAAAUAGGAAAGCCCCAAGUGUCGAGCUUUCCCAGUGUUGCUGUGAUUAUCUGAGCAUUUCUGUCAAGAACUCCUCUUCCUAUUGACUUUCCAGUACAGUUAGGUGCCCUGUUCUAACAUCAGACAGUACUGGACUUCUGCACCUGAUUCUGCUCUUACCUACACUGGUGCAAAUCAGGAUUAACUCAAAUGAAGACAAAAUACAUUCAGAGCAGACUGUAGGAGUGGACAAUCAAGCUCUGUACCUUAUAUUAGAGACUGAGGCUCUGUCAAUUCACUACAUGGAGGAAGAGCUGUUUUGUCCCAGCACUUGAAGCUCCAGGUGAUAGUUCUAAAAAAGGCAAUGCAAUGGAGAUGCGCAAUCUAUUUCUUAGCUUUCUUUCUCCAUUGGCCUGAUCCUGAUUGCUUCUGAGAACUCACAUCUCCAGCUGAAAUAUAGAGAAGGUGCAGAUGCUCAGCACCUAACAAGAUUUCUAUUUCUUCCCUGCCAUGCCACCAGUUGAGUGAAAUGGGAGCUAGCUGGCUGCCUGCCUGCUGUAGCCUGUGAAUCAAUUUUUCUUUCUAGUUUGGCAAUACACAUAAAAUCCAAGGAAACGGAACCUCUCUGCCCAAUGGGAUCUACCUAGCAUCUCCCUAGACUGUCUGUCUAUCUUUAAUUUUGGCAAUACACAAAACAUCCCUGGAGACAGAACUUGCCCCAGAAUCAGAUCUAUGAAUCAAUCUUUCUUCCUUUCUUUUAGCAAUACAUAGAACAUCCCUGGGGGAUAAAAUCAUCCUGCUCCCAUAAUGGAAUCCCAAACAGCCCCUGUUAGCUCAUGAAGCUGGCCCUUUAUUUUGCUAUACAUGCCUUAAUAUAUGUUUUAUGGAAAUUAUACAUUUAUAUAAUAUAUAUGUAUAUAUAUAUAUAUUUGUUUUUCUCUCCUUUUCCGGGUGGUACUGUUUUGUGCUAACUUUCUCUCUCUCUCUCUCUCUCUCUAUCUCUCUCUCUCUCUUUCUCUUUCUGCUGGGCUCUUGGCAUCAGCCCCACCAGAGAGUUACAAAGGAGAUUCUUUGCCAGUUCAUCAGAAAAAAAAAAGACCUAUUUAAAUAUACAUAUAUAUAUUUUCUGCUUUUAUUAAAAGCAAAUUUAUUUAAAAUAAAAUAUAAAAACUGUAAGUUUUGAGAAAUGAUGCAUUUAUUUCCCUGUUACUGAAUAGGUAGUGCUCUGUAUAUGGCCAGGUCCUCAGCUGAUGUAAAUUGCAGUAGUUCUGAAGUCAUUAGAGUGAGGCUGAUUUGCAGAUGCUGAAAAGCUGGUCUGCUAGGCACAGUAUAUGAAGACAUAUAGGACUGUACCAUUUCGGGGAUUGCAGAGGACAUCUUGCUGGUACGCAGGUGUCAGUCAUGGAUCCUUGUGGCUGUAUGUGGGAUUUUUAAUCUUGAGUUUCAAUGUUACAUUUUUACCUCCCUUUUGUUUUUGUGAAUGGUUUUUCUGUGAUGGUGUGACUAGUGCAGAGGGCUGCCUAUCAGUAGCCCAACUGCUAACCUCGCCAACACACCCGAAGUGUAUACACCAGGGCAUAAGCCCCGGGGAGGAUGGUCUCUGCAUGGUGGAUGUGCCUUUCUUUGCUGUGAACAUGCCCCCAGAUGUGAAAGGGGGUGGCCAAGCUAGGAGAAUCCCCAAGACCAAACUGAGGUGCAGGAGCUGAGCAGAGGCAGGAGAGAGGUGGAUGGUCAGGAGGGUUGUUUCUAGUGGCCCAAUUGAAAACCCACCAACAUCAAUGGAAAGACACUCACUGACAUUAGUGGCCUUUGCAUCAUAGAUGGAACCAAAAGACAACUUGGAGUUCCCACCAGAGUGUCAGUCCCCCAACGGGCUCCCCCUUGACUCUCCAGUCAGUCCAGUCUCCCAUCAUGAAGAGGGCUCUCCUGCAUCUCAGCUCCGACAACACGGUUCCUAGGGGAGGGUACGUUUAAGGGAAGGAGUGGGUAUCCCCACUGGUAAGCACCCUUGAAAGGCAUAGCGAUUCCCACGAAGGACACGGGGAGUUCCUAAAAAGAACCUUCUUGGCAUUAAGGCACGACCUAGCAGAUGUAGAGGGGACAGCAAGGAAACCUUCCCACUAUGCGAAUAACAACGUAGUGUCUGUGACCAAUCCCUGUUACUGUCACUUUAAGAGUUUCCAGAGUUACAAGCUGUGCGCUCUCAGUGGAGUGGCUGAGGAUCAUAGUAUUGCAGUAUUGUGGAACUGUGGGUUUUUUUAAAUUAUUUUAAUUUUUAAUUUUGGUUAUUUUUCAUAACACCUUCAUAUACCAGCGACUCUUGUAAAAAAAACAAAAAAAAAACUAUUUGCAUAAAAAAAAAUCUAUUUAUGCACAUUAUUUGGGGGAGGAGGAGGGAAGUAGCAAAAAUUUGAUUUUUGCUAGUGUUAGACAAAUAAAAUUAUACAAGAAACAAUGUGAUGUUGCUGUCUUUCUUUCUGUAUAAAAGUGACCUUAGAUGACAACUACUAUAACAUUAGAUCGAAGAGACCAUGGUCAAAUGGCUGUCACGUUUCAGCGGCUUGAAUUCUUCACCCCAAUCUUCCCAGUAAUUCAGUCAGUGGUAGUUUGCUUUGUAUUUUUCCCAACAGCAUUUGUUUUAGACGUAGCUACUAAAAGAUCCAAUCUCACAAAAGGGAAAAAAUGCAUUUGUACCUUGCAAGUUUGUAUAAAAUAAAAAUUGCUGGUUUGUAAAUAGA